CUAGCAGGACCCUGCAGCAGUGGUACACUGUAUGACAAAUAAACUAGCAGGACCCUGCAGCAGUGGUACCCUGUAUGAUGGGGACGGGGACGGGGGGGAGCGGGAACCAGUUCUCUGCCGGGACAAGCCUCUCUGGAUUCACGUCCGAGUUCGCCGGACCCAAUGCUAAAACAAAUCCCAAGUGCUGACGUUCGCGGAGGAAGAGUGCAAGAUCGACGUGAGUCUGGGACAGACCAACAACUUGCAGCUGAGCAUGGCUUCUGAACUUUACGAUAAAAAAGAAACCUUAACUCUCCGAAAGAAGUACAUCGCAUCUUCUUGCAGGCUUUUUUUUCCAGAUGACCCUAUCAAGAUUGUCAGAGCUCAGGGGCAAUAUAUGUUUGAUGAAAAGGACAGAAAAUAUUUGGACUGUAUUAAUAAUGUUGCUCAUGUCGGACAUUGUCAUCCAGACGUUGUGAAAGCUGGAUAUAUGCAAAUGGAAAAACUGAACACAAAUUCACGUUUUCUACAUGACAAUAUAGUCCACUAUGCAAAGAAAUUAUCGGAGACACUACCACAGGAACUAUCGGUUUUCUAUUUUGUGAAUUCUGGUUCAGAGGCAAAUGAUCUUGCUAUCAGGCUGGCUCAACAAUAUACACAACACGAAGAUAUUGUUGUGUUAGACAAUGCUUACCAUGGACACCUUAAUUCAUUGAUAGAUAUCAGCCCUUAUAAAUUCCGAAGUCUAAGACCACAGAAGGAUUGGGUUCAUGUGGCACCUAUUCCUGAUACAUACCGGGGAAUGUUCAGGGAGGAUCACCCUGAUCCAGCCUUGGCUUAUGCAAAUGAAGUGAAAGCUGUCAUUGAUGAAGUAAAGAAGAAAAAUCGUAAGAUUGCUGCAUUUUUUGCUGAAUCCUUACCAAGUGUGGCUGGUCAAAUAAUUCCACCUGCAGGAUAUUUCCAGAAGGUUGCAGAGCAUAUUCACGAAGCUGGAGGAUUGUUUGUUGCUGAUGAAAUCCAAGUUGGAUUUGGAAGAGUUGGAAAACACUUUUGGGCAUUCCAACUACAAGGAGAUGAUUUUUUACCUGACAUUGUAACUAUGGGGAAACCUAUUGGAAAUGGACACCCAUUAGCUUGUGUGACUACAACUAAAGAAAUUGCAGAUGCAUUUGCUGCAACUGGAGUGGAGCAUUUUAAUACAUUUGGAGGAAGUCCAGUAUCCUGUGCAAUUGGACUUGCAGUUUUGGAAGUCAUUAAGAAGGAAGACCUAUGUGGGAAUGCUACACAAGUAGGUACCUACUUAAUGAACCUGCUAAAUAAACUGAAAGUCAAACAUCCAGUCAUUGGAGAUGUCAGGGGCGUUGGUUUAUUUAUUGGAGCAGAGUUGGUAAGAGAUCAUCAGAAGAGGACACCUGCUACAGAUGAAGCCCAGUAUUUAAUUGCAAGGUUGAAAAAGGAAUUUAUCUUACUUAGCACUGAUGGACCAGAUAGGAAUGUCCUCAAAUUCAAACCCCCAAUGUGCUUCACCAUGGAAGAUGCUCAAUAUCUAGUUGAAAAAAUUGACAGAAUACUUACUGAAUUGGAAGUGGCCAAUACAUACAAAACUGGAGUGAAUUAAAAAAGGAACAAUUUAUGGACGCAGCAAUGAAGCAAAAGCAUAAAACAAGACAACAGGAUUUGGCCACACUACUUUAGGAUCAUUUUCCCUCGUAAGAAAACUGUCAUUUCAAUUCCUUAUCAAACCAAAUUUUGGCAGCUUGGUUUCCUUACUAAGCCUGGAAAUUAAUUUUACAUUCUCAAUUCCUGCAAUUAUUUUCUUGUACAAAAAAAGUUAUACCUUUUGCCCCCAGGAUGUUUUAUUGACACACCUUGUGCAGUCUACCUGUGUGACUUUCAUGUUUUCUUAACCACCACCUCACCCCGUAUUCUGCAAUAUUGUAACAAAAAGACCCCUUUUAUUCUUCAUUCAAUCUUGAUCAGUCCAGCAUUAAUUUCACUAUCACUGGGCUCACUGAUCUGUACCAGAGUGCCCUAGAUUCCACUCAGGUUCUGAAUUUAGGACUAGAUUAACUUCAAUACAAGAUUGAAUACUUCACUAACAUUACUGCCACUUUCUUUUGACAGUAUAGUUGGACGUUAAAAAGGUGGUGAUCUCAGUGACUUAAAUGGAGAAGUGCCUCCUUACCAUCACCUGGCCCUGCUCACCAUAUGGACCCCUUUGGUACUUAAGAUAGUAAAAUGCACUAAUAGCUGCAAAACACUAACUUUUCAAGAAAAGUUCAUGAUUUUAUGUACAACAUUAUUUUGCACAUAGCAAAAACAACCCACUUCACUAAAGUGAUGUUGAUAUCUUCAGAAGUUGUUGUAGUAUUAGAACUAAACAUUUCUUAUUAAAUAUUAAUAAAGCAGUUGCAUUGAAGUUACUCAUUUAGCUUCAGCACUAGCUUUCAAUUACAGAUCCAUAGGACUGUUUGUAAACAAGCCAGUAAUAAACACCAACAGUAACAUCAAAAGUUAAUCCUGCAUGUGAUAGCUUUCUCAUUUUCCAAAAGCAGCUACUAGCCAGCAGUAUACCCCAGACAGACAUGUAAAAUACUAACUCAAGCUGAAAUGUCUUCACUGUUCUUUACUUCUGAUUUUACGCAAAUUAAACAAAUAAAUACAAACAAAAUUCAUGCAACACAAAAUACACAA